GAGGGAGUUGUUUCUGUGUUUUUACAAGCCUUUUUUCUGUCUCCAGGAUAGUUAUCCAUUCACAGGAGAAAGAAAACUCUGAUCCGGAUUAUAUUCCCAUCAACAACCGCUUUAAAUGCGUACAAGAGGCAGAAGAAACUCUACUGAUUGAUAUAGCUACAAACACAGGCUGUAAGGUCCGGAUACAAGGUGACGAGACAGCGGAGCGGCUGUUUGAAAUCCCUGAUGAGGAGCGUUGCUUAGGAUUCCUUUCAGAAGUGCAGAGCAUACAGGAAGCCCACUUGAAAGCUGCUCUUCCUGAACCUAAGGACUCAGCCAGCUGGUAUCAGGUGGAGAAGAACCUCCCGGGUCUAUCCCAGGCCUCUUCUGCAGGAGCUCUGGGGUUUGAGGAUGACUUCGACGUUCUAAGCCUGGAAGAGAAAAGAAACAUGCAAAACCACCAAACAGGAUCUCGCCGGGAACCCCCACCUCCGCCUGUGCCUCAAAACAGGCAAUUUCACCGAGAGAGAGAAGGUGCAUCAAGAGACCAGCCAAAAGUGACGAACACUAUGCGCAAAAUGUUUUUGCCCAGCACCCAGUCGGGACAAAGAGAAGGUGUCAUCAAACAUCUGCUUGCCAAGAGAGAGAAGGCGUAUGUCAACCUUCACAACUUCAGAUUUUUUGUGGGAACGUGGAAUGUGAACGGGCAGUCUCCAGACAGCAGCUUGGAACCCUGGCUGGUGUGCGACACAGAGCCUCCAGACUUCUAUUGCAUCGG